AUGCAGCUCACUCCCUUGAAAAGCACAGGAUGGUAUUAUACGUGGUGCAAUAAAAGGGAUGAAAAUGUAAGGGUAUAUAUCAAGAUAAAUUGGGGUUUUGGAAAUUUCAGUUGGAUGAUGAAAAAUGGGCAUAUUGAGGCAGAAUAUUUGAACCCUGGUGUAUCUGAUCAUUCUCCUAUACUGAUGAACUGCCAGAAUGGUAUUCAACAACACUUGCAUCCUAGACAAUUUAGAUUGUACCGUAAUGUCCUUCACCAUCCUGAAUUUACAAGGAUAGUGAAAGAAGUAUGGGUGCAGAAUGAUAGAGAUAUUGGGAAGGCAAGCACAUGGAAUAAGCUCAGAAGACUGAAGGAGGCAUUGAGAGGCUUGAACAACUAUAUGGCAUCUUAUCAGCAGAAACUGAAUCAAGCAAAGCAGAAGUUCAAAUUAGUUCAGCAUCAACUGUCUUUGCAGCCUUUAAGGAAAGAAUGCAUAGAACAAGAAAAGGAAGCUCUGCUAGAAGUGGAGAAAUGGAGUGACAUUGAGGAGCAGGUGUUGAGGCAGAAGUCUAGAGCUACUUGGAUACAACAUGGAGAUGCAAAUACCAAGUACUUCCAUGCUCAGUAG